AUAAUGGAAGAGGGAGAACCAAGUCAGAAUCUCUUAGCAGAAGGUGGCAUCAAAGAUGCUGGUAGUUUAAAGGAUAAGAUUGCUCAAAAGAAGAAGGAAAUGCAAAAGACUAUUCCCAAAGAAGUAGCUCCUGACAUGUGCCCUGCUCAUAAUAGAAAGCUUGAAGUUAUAUGCUAUGACUGUAGAAUAAGGAUCUGCACAAAUUGAGCUCUUUUCGGAAUCCACAAAAGCCAUGAUAUCAGAGAGGAGCAAGAGCUCCUCCAAGAGAUUACUCUGAGAGCUGAACUCCUUCUUGAUAUUUACCAGCUUAUUGAGCAGAACAGGAGCAACCUUGGAGACCAAAACGAUGUAGAUGAGCUCUACAACCAAUUCAUGGUGAAGCAGAUUUCAUUGAAGAAGGAUGUCACUAAUAAAUUCAAGGAGAUAAAUAAUGAAUUACUCAGAAAAGAAAGAAACAUCAUGGAUGUUCUAGAAAGAAACUUUGAUUCUAUUGAAAAGACAUUUGAAGAAAUUAAGAAUGGACCCAAGAAAGUCGUCCAAAUAGCAGAUAAAUGGUGAGUAGAAGUACAAGAGAAAAUGGAGAAAUUCCAGAACCAGACUGAAGCGAACUCUAGUGACCAAGAAUACAUUGCCUUUGAGAUGCUGGAAGAUGUAGACCAAGAAAAUGAUAUUAUUAGAGUUGGAGAAAAAGUCUUAGCAGAUUUAGAUAAGCAGAUUCAGCCUCCUAUCCCUCAAUUAGAAGAAAAGCUCAAAAAGUUGACAGUUCAGUUUGAUGAACAUUUCAUUAAUAAGCUUGAAAUGGUGUGACAUGUACCAGAUCUAUCAAAUGAUGAUGGUGAAACAUAUGUAGCUCCACCUCCUUCAGAAGACCUCAAAUCAUUUGAGCUAAAGACAAAGCAAAAGGCUGAGGGAGUUCCAAAAGCGUCUACUGGCAUAACUUUAAAACCAGCAGUAUCAAAUAAAGAGUCUCAUGAAAAUAACCUUCUGGCUGAUGACGACGAUAAUCUUUUUACUACUUUUGAUAUUAGUGCUAAAGUUGAAAACGAUGAUAACCUAAUUCCAAAGGAGCAUGACGACAGUAUUAAUUUCUUGGAUGAUAUACCUGACCCUAUCAGUGCAAACCGUCCUCAAGAUGUAGAACCAGGAGACACAGAUGCAGCAUAUGACAUUAUCUCAGAUGUUUUAGAAAACCAAAAAGGUACCUUGGAUCUUUCGAAUAGAAGACUUGGUGAUGACUUUUUCAUAUCGAUGAUAGACUCCAUCAUUGAUUUUGCAGAUGGUGAACCCUUGAGUGUCAUCAAUCUCAACUUUUCUAAUAAUGAUAUCUCAGACUUUGGAUGAGAGAAAAUUUGAGAGUUUCUCAUUGUGCAUAAUGAUGCUGCAGUUGCUCAUAUUUCUAACGUUAAUCUCUCAUAUAAUAACAUCAAAGACAAAUCAGUUGAAAUAAUAGAGACGCUUUGUGCUGAGCAUCCAAAUCUAAAAGUGUUGAAUCUUAGCGAGAAUAAGUUCGAGUCAAGUUCCCUGAAGAGCAAAUUCAGCAAUGCACAGAAUAUCAAUGUUAUUUUGUAAUCCAAGUUGCGCAAUGAUAAAUCCUUUCCAAAUUAUAUAUUCAUUU